CAGCGGGUGGAAGAGGUUCUGAUUUUCGAUCGUGAUUCGUCGAUUUUGGUCGCCGGGAAAGUCUUCGUCGAACCUGAGCCGAUUAGAUACGAUCACAUGGCUUCACUUUGCGAAAUAAUGCCUACCGGAACUCCUUCCAUGGUCCUCAACACACAAAUCGCUCUAAUUGGAGCUAACAAAAAUUACGAUAAGGUGACAAUGAAG